CGCCUCCUCCAUUGGCCAAGGCUGGUGCCGGCCUCCACCUAUUUAAAGAGGACAAGAGACCCCCUUCACAGUUGAGCCCACACAGACCACACAGGCAGGUCUCACCUUGACAAGAGAGCCUUCAAGAUGCCAAACUGGGGAGGAGGAGCCAAAUGUGGAGCCUGUGAAAAGACUGUCUACCACGCGGAAGAAAUCCAGUGCAAUGGGAGGAGCUUCCAUAAGACCUGCUUCCACUGCAUGGCCUGCAGGAAGGCUCUGGACAGCACCACAGUUGCCGCUCACGAGUCGGAGAUCUACUGCAAGGUCUGCUACGGGCGUAGGUACGGGCCCAAAGGGAUCGGAUUCGGACAAGGCGCAGGCUGCCUGAGCACCGACACGGGCGAGCAUCUUGGCCUCCACUUCCAAGAGUCCCCCAAAGCGGCACGCUCAGCUACCAGCAGCAACCCUUCCAAGUUCACAGCAAAGUUUGGGGAGUCAGAGAAGUGCCCUCGAUGUGGGAAGUCAGUCUACGCGGCUGAGAAGGUCAUGGGAGGUGGCAAGCCUUGGCACAAGACCUGUUUCCGCUGUGCCAUCUGUGGGAAGAGUUUAGAGUCCACGAACGUCACCGACAAAGACGGGGAACUUUAUUGCAAAGUUUGCUAUGCCAAAAAUUUUGGCCCUACCGGCAUUGGGUUUGGAGGCCUUACACAACAGCCGGAAAAGAAGGAGUGAACCAGGUCUCUCUCAGCCUACGGCAUCUGCCAGAGAGGCCGUCCUGACCGACACCCUUCUCCAAACAGCCUCUCCUCUGUAGCGGGAUAUGAUGUCCUCUUCUGUCUUCCUAACGUUGGUAGAAAAUCAUUUGACUUUUAAUCUGUAACAGAAUGCUUUCUUGUUUGAUACGUGGGGUGGGAGAGGCAAUAAAUGUUUUAGUGGUA